AUGAAUGGUGAUGCCCCUUGUCAGGACACCUCCUCCCAGGUCCCCGACUGGCGGGAGUUCUGCGAGCUGCACGCCCAGGCGGCCGCGGUGGACUUUGCCCAGAAGUUCUGUCGGUUCCUUCGGGAGAACCCACAGUACGACACUCCAGGAGCCGAGGCCUCUUUCUCCCAUCACUUUGCUGCCAACUUCCUGGACGUGUUCAGUGUCGAGGUGAGCCGAGUCUUCAUCUCUGACUCGCCCACCAAGUACAACAUCGUCCCCUUUGUGGGGCUCCAGCCCUGCCACAUGCCCAAUGCUCAGGCCCACAAGGUCUCUUCCUAUGGCCACUCGCGAAGCUCGGAGGACGUGUCUUUCCGUGCCACGGCCAAACCGAGAUUCAAGAAGGGCUUCUCGCUGCGCAACAUGAGCCUUUGUGUGGUGGAUGGCAUGAAGGAGAUGUGGCAUCGUAGGGCACCCCCCGAGCCCGAGGCUGGCCAGCCGUCGGGACCUGGCGGGGGAGAGCCUCCAGCGGAGCCCCGGGAGAAGUGGGCCCAUCGGCUGAGGCUCUCCCGAGGCCCGGCCUCCAAGGUGGAGCUGGCGGACAUCCAGCGAGAGGGGACCUUGCGCUACAUGGUGGCCGACGACUCCAGUUGUGUAGGCGGCUCCCAGUGGCAAAAGUGCAGGCUGAUGCUCCGAAAGGCCGUGAAGGUGGAGGGCGAGCGGUUCCUGCUAGAAUUCUACGUCCCCCCCAAGGCAGCCCAAGGCCCAGGGACAGCAAACGAAAGCCAGGCAUCAUCAGGAAAGCCCAUCUGUGAGAGGGGCUGGAGUUGCCACGGUGAUGGGGCUUCCUGCUGCGUGGGGCAGGCUCCCCGCUGCCGCUCCUCUGCGGAUACAGGGCUGCUGGCGAACAAGCACCUCUCUGAGUUCCCCGCCUGCCCCCCCAAACUGUUCCCUUUCCCAGGGCUCAGCCACGGAGCAAUGCUCAUACAGUUCAGUACUGUGGGCAAAAGGCUUCAGGGCCAGCUUGGCUUCGACGGCACAGAACUAAACCAUGUUGUGCCCAAGCCAAGCGAUGAACCGUGGCCUGAGACUCUCCUGGAGGAAAUGGCCCACAAAAGGGAGCCCCCCACACACAUAAAGCAGCAGAAAGACUACAAGUGCAGUCAGCACCCUCUAAAUUCCGACACCCCGAGGCACAACCCCGAUCGCCCUGCCUUAGUUGCAGCUCGGCACCCUGGUUCCCAGUUGGAGGUGUUAAUGAUUAAGCUCUUCCUCAUGCCCGCCUUCCACGCCUUCUCCGUGUCCUCCUCCUCCUGCCUCCCCCGGGGGCCCCUUCCUAUGCGGUCAGUGAUGGGUCCUUUGAGGACGCUGACAAACCCUCAGGAGGGCCCCCCUUCAGACCCCAUGAUGCGGCUGGUGGAGAACGGAGCCGAGUACAUCCUGGAGACCAUCGACUCCCUGCAGAAGCACUCCUGGGUGGCCGAUAUCCAGGACUGCACAGACCCAGGAGACAGCGGGGACGACAUCGAGCUCUCGUCCUGUGCACAGGGCGGCUGCCUCCCAGGCCGCGUGUCCUCCUGCAGCUGCGAGUUCCUCACCGACGAGGCUCCGCGGCCCCCAGAGAGGUGCUCCGGGGCGCCCGAGUCAUCGAUGGCCGCGGUGGUCACAGCCCCGCACAGCAGGGCCAGGGACUCCGCGGGCGAACACCUGACCCACGUCCCUCUCGAGAACUUCCUCCAGACACUGGAGUCUCCGGCCAGCACCAGCCACGCAGGGGAAGAAUGUAGCCAGGCGGAUCUGGAGAUCGUCCUUUCAGAUUAUCCCUGGUUCCACGGAACUCUGUCCAGGAUCAAGGCAGCCCAGCUGGUCCUGGCUGGGGGAGCCCGCAGCCACGGCCUCUUUGUCAUCCGUCAGAGUGAGACUCGGCCAGGCGAGUACGUGCUGACCUUCAACUUCCAGGGCAAGGCCAAGCACCUGCGCCUGUCCCUGAAUGAUAACGGUCAGUGCCACGUCCAGCAUCUCUGGUUCCAGUCCAUCUUUGACAUGUUGAGGCACUUCCACACCCACCCUAUCCCGCUGGAGUCCGGAGGCGCUGCCGACAUCACCCUUCGCAGCUACGUGCUAGCCCAGGCCCCCUUGCCCGACCCUGGCCCGGCUCCCGGCGCCGUCCCUCCGCCGCCCAGCUGCUGGAGCGAGCCCCCCACCCAGCAUUACUUCUCCAGCUUCGCCCCUGGGCCCUUCCAGCCAGCUUCUCCCUCCGAGGGUGGGGGCGCCUCUUCCUCCUCGGCCUCCUCCUCCUCAGGCACCGCCCCCCACGCGCAGUACCACCGCACCGAGGGCACGCUGAGUGCCCGAAGCCGUAGCAACAGUGCUGAGCGCCUGCUGGAGCCCCCCGGCUCCGGGACCGAGGACUACCAUGACAGCGAGGGGGCCCGCAACAGGACCCGGGCCGUAGAGAACCAGUACUCGUUCUACUAGGCCCAGAGAGCUCAGCCUCCCCGGGGCAGGAGCGGGACUCGUGUGGCUGCUGGGCAAGGACACUCCAGGGAUUGUGUCGGACCCCUCGAGGUUCUUGGGAAUUCCACAGAGGCUGACUGGAAUUGCAGAAGUGGCCGGUCUUGUGGGCUGUGGCCACAGCCUCCUCUUUCUUUCCCUUCCCUCUCCCGUGCUCUCCUCUGCCUUGGUCACACCUCCCUUGGUUACUGCUCUGGAAACGUGCCCACUAACCAUUCUGGGGGGCGGGGGGUCUGGGUCACUGCCCCGUGGCCAGGACACGGUUUCCUUCCCUCCUCCUCCCUGUCCCUUCCCUCCUCCCCCCAUGGAGCGGCCCAUGGGUUGUGAGAUUGAGUGCUCUGAUCCGAAGCUCUUCAGUGAAGAUAUGAUGUGAUUAAAGAGCCUGUUUUAGGGACUGCA